GCUUUUAUUUUUAGUAAAGCUGAACAGGUGUCGCUGUCAUCGUACGUAACUUCCUGUUUAUUUUUCUUUCGUCGUAUUUCAAACGACGAUAUUAGCUAAAGUUAUGGCCAAAGAUGAUGAGACAAAAGCGAAAAAGAAGCAUAAGAAACAACGACAUCGUUCCUCUAGUCCGGAGAAAAUGAAACAUGAAAAACAUAGACACAAAUCUGGAAGUGAAAGCCCUCCAAAGAGAGUAAAACGAGACCAUCACAGAUCACCUGAAACUCAGUCCAAAAAUGUUAAAAAGGAACGAGAAUGGUCACCUCAUCAUUAUGAAAGGGCUGGAUAUGACAGAGAUCACCAUCACAGACCAGACAACAGACAUGAUCACAGACAUAAAAGAAAGUAUCCCCACAGUGAUGAAGAACAUGGAGAGCCUCAAAGACGUCAUCAUCAUCACCAUCAUCGAGUUAAACAAGAGAGAGAAAAUUCUGAAAUGCAUGAUCAAAGACAAGAAAGGAGGCAUAAUGAUGAUAGAAGACGACAGGCGAGAAAACAGAGGGGAGGUAAUCCGUUUGAUCAAUCUGAAAAUGAAACAUUUGGUACUGGUAGAGAAGAGACUAAUACUGAAGAAGAACCAAAAGAUAAAGAUAAACCUGAUUUUGAAUUAUCAGGGAAAUUAACUGAAGACACAAACAGUUAUAAGGGUGUUGUUAUCAAGUAUAAUCAACCACCAGAGGCAAGGAGACCAAAAAAGAGGUGGAGGUUAUACCCUUUUAAAGGUGAAGAAGCUUUACCUGUACUACACAUUCAUAGAUCAAGUGCAUAUUUAAUAGGGAGAGAGCGUCUUGUAGCAGACAUUCCUAUUGAUCAUCCAUCUUGUUCUAAGCAGCAUGCUGUUUUACAAUAUAGACUAGUCGAGUUUGAACGGUCUGAUGGAACAACAGGGCGUCGUGUUUGCCCAUAUGUUAUUGACUUGAAUUCUGCCAAUGGAACAUUUGUAAAUAAUCAAAAAAUUGAUCCAGAAAGAUAUGUCGAGUUAAUGGAGAAAGAUAUGGUCAAGUUUGGUUUUAGUUCCAGAGAAUAUGUUCUACUUCAUGACAAAACAGACACAUCAGGGUUAAACGAUGAAGGGGAAUCAGACUGAAAUGUUUUUUUUUUUAUAUCAAACCUGUCAAAAAUUACAUGUAUAUAAACAUUUAUUGAUAUUACAAACUGUAACAUUGUUAUCUGAGUACACAGACAUUAAUUAUAAAGCCAAACAGAAAGUUUUCAGGUCAAUCAAGAAAAGCAUUUUAAGAAAUUAGUGUUGUUUUUGUGACUUUCUAGUUAUCUGUUUUCUGGUACUUUCUUUUAUCAUGUUUAUGUUCCUUAACAUGCUAAAAGAAUUUUGAAUACUGUGGAUUCAUUUAUUUUCGUGGGUACCAAUUUCCGUGGAUUAAGGAAAUCUUACAUGUUCGUUGAUAUUUAAUUUCGUGGUUUUGCUGAAAUCUGCAUACCAGCCUAUAGAAAAUUUGCUAUUCAUUGAACAUCUAAUUUCGUGGUUUACCUGUUCCCACGAAAUCCACGAAAAUUGAUAUACAACGAAUAAUAAUGAAUUCACAGUAAUUGCUUAUCCACAUAAUCUGGUCAGUUGUCUGAAUGUUAUUUGUAACAUUUUAUUUUUAUAUAUAAUAGAAAAGAUGGGAUACAUGUAUGUAUUUUCACACUCUACAUGUAUAUAUGCACUUGUACAUUUAAAAGUAAAGGGGCAAUAACAUUUGUUUUAUGUACACACAAAAAAUGCAUGUAGAUCCAAUUCUUUGUACAAAUGAUUUACUGUUGUAUGAAACAUGAACAUUGAACACAUGUGCAUUAUUUUAUUUUAUUUUCAAAUAUUUCUUGAAAUGGUGUACAAUAGUAUUUUAACCAAUUAGUCAAAAUUGAAAAAAAGUGUUUUCAGUAUUUUUUUGGCACAUAUUUUUGUAUGUAUACAUGGUGUAUGAAAGAUUGAAUAAUUUGUAGAAAGCAUUUUGACUCUGACAUAAAUACAUUAAUAUUGCACAUACAUGUAAAUGUAAAAUUGGGAUUAAGGUACAUGUACUUAACUAAAAUGAUAAGCUUUUAUAGAAAAUCAUUUACAAUGGAUAUUUAACAGGAUCAAAAUUAAUAAGUCUGUUGGAAUUUGAUCAUCUUAUAUCUUCAUGUACAUAUGUAUGCUAUAUUUUGAUAAUACAUUUUUUGAACACCUAUGUACAAAUGUAUGUGUAGGUAAAAGUGUAUAUAUUUUUAUAACUCUAACAAAUACACAAUAUACUAGUAUUGUAUACAUGGUAAACAUGUACAUCUACAGGAAUGGCUUCAAUUAUGUUGAAAAUAAAGGAUCUCAAUUAAUAUCAUUUUGAACUUGCUCUUUCGUCAUGUUCAUCAUAGGAUGUGUGUUACACACAUAUUUUAUUACAAAUUAUAUAAAUGAUACAUGUACAUGUUCAGAUAAAGUUUUACUGUAGAUCUUAAAAAUGAAAACUUAAAGAAAAAAUAUUUGAAAUAUAUUUUUUAUGACUGAAAAGGUACACAAUAUACAUUCAUGUACAUGUGUAUUCAAAUUUCUUAUUUGAAGGUCAUGAAUUUUGAUAAAAUAUUAAAAUUGUACUGUGAUACACAUUUGAGAAAAAAUAUUUAGUAUGAAACAACUUGCCGUUUUGUGCUCAAAACAUUUACAAUUUAUUGGUGAAAAGUUAGUCUGUUACUUGUUUUUCAUGUAAAACAAAUGUUUGAAACUUAUGCACACAAUACUUACUUCCACAAAAAUCAGGUCAGGUACACAUUUGGGUAGCAUCACUUUUACCAUUCUUCAAUAAUUUCUCUUUUUAACUUUAUAUGAUAUGCAAGCAUCAUCUGUGUCCCAUGGACACAUUCCACAUUUGUUUAUCAAAGUUUCCUUGUUAAUUUAAAAAUCAGUAUAAAUUGAACUGAAAGUAAACCUUGUGAUGAAGACAGAUAUAGGAACCCCCACAUUUACAUAUUUUCUUUCUUUCUAUCAGUUUUAAUUGAUGCACAGUCUACCUCGGGAACUGGUAGAAACUGCAUUUUUUGGCAAGUUUAUUUCUGAGGAGUGGAUAUUUUCAAAGGGGUUUUUAUGACCUGAUAAAGCCUUUUUAGCUCACCUGGCCUGAAGGGCCAAGUGAGCUUUUCUCAUCACUUGGCGUCUGUCGUCGUCCGUCGUCGUCGUCCGUCGUCGUCCUGCGUUAACUUUUACAAAAAUCUUCUCCUCUGAAACUACUGGGCCAAAUUUAACCAAACUUGGCCACAAUCAUCAUUGAGGUAUCUAGUUUGAAAAUUGUGUCCGGUGACCUUGCCAACCAACAAAGAUGGCCGCCAUGGCUAAAAAUAGAACAUAGGGGUAAAAUGCAGUUUUUGGCUUAUAACUCAAAAACCAAAGCAUUUAGAGCAAAUCUGACAUGGGGUAAAAUUGUUUAUAAGGUUAAGAUCUAUCUGCCUUGAAAUUUUCAGAUGAAUCUGACAUUCUGUUGUUAGGUUGCUGCCCCUGAAUCAGUAAUUUUAAGGAAAUUUUGCUGUUUUUGGUUAUUAUCUUGAAUAUUAUUAUAGAUAGAGAAAAACUGUAAACAGCAAUAAUGUUCAGCAAAGUAAGAUCUACAAAUAAGUCAACAUGACCAAAAUGGUCAGUUGACCACUGUAGGAGUUAUUGCCCUUUAUAGUCAAUUUUUAACCAUUUUACGUAAAUCUUAGUUAUCUUUUAGAAAAAUCUUCUCCUCUGAAACUACUGGGCCAAAUUAAUUGAAACUUGGCCACAAUCAUCUUUGGGGUAUCUAGUAUAAAAAUUGUGUCCGGUAACUUGGCCAACCAACCAAGAUGGCGGCCAUGGCUAAAAAUAGAACAUGGGAGUAAAAUGCAGUUUUUGGCUUAUAACCCAAAAAACAAAGCAUUAAGAGCAAAUCUGACAGAGUUGAAAUUGUUGAUCAGGUCAAGAUCUAUCUGCCCAGGAAUUUUCAGAUGAAUUGGAUCAUCGGUUGUUAGGUUGCUGCCCCUGAAUUGGUAAUUUUGAGGAAAUUUUGCUGUUUUUUUGUUAUUAUCUUGAAUAUUAUUAUAGAUAGAGAUAAACUGUAAACAGCAAUAAUGUACAGUAAAGUAAGAACUAAAAAUGAGUCAACAUGACCAAAAUAGUCAAUUGACCCCCUGAGGAGUUAUUGCCCUUCAUAGUCAUUUUUUAACAAUUUUCACAAAAUUUGUAGAUUUUCACUAACAUUUUCCACAGAAACUACUGUUAUAGAUAGAGAUAAUUGUAAGCAGCAAAAAUGUUUAGUAAAGUAAGAUCUUCAAACACAUCACCAUCACCAAAACACAAUUUUGUCAUGAAUUCAUUUGUGUACAAUGUUUAAUAUUAACAUAGACCAAGGUGAGCGACACAGGCUCUUUAGAGCCUCUAGUUUGGUAAAGCAGACAACAGUUAAUCAAUUUAAGGGUAGGUUAAGGUAAAAACUGGAGAGGUUAAAAAAUGACUGAAGAGGUAAAAAAAAAAAAUUGAACAAAUAUAAAUUGUACUUAAACAGGCUUUAAGGUAACUGGUUUUUAAAAAUGAAUUUGUCUUCAAACAUGUAAAAACUUAUUCCAAUAAAUAAUGAAAAAGAAA